AUGCAUAACGAUCGCACCCAUCCGCUCCUGGCCCAGGUGCCGCUGACCGUGUCGCCGUUCGUCUCGCUACCGACCGCAGCGACGCUCCCGUACACGUACAAGGCGAUGCCGUCGACGCUGCCGCCCUCGAGCACGGGGAUCACGGGCACGAGCAACAGCAGCAGCGCCGGCGGCGACGACCCGUCGGCGAAGCCGCGCUACGUCGUCUCGGCCUCGGGCCACGCCGCGCACCCGGACGACAUCGUCGCCAGCUGCCGCGCGCUGCAGGGCCACGUGGCCAAGAUGCAGGAGGACGCCGAGCGCGAGCUGCGCGAGCUCGACGACCGCAUCCGCGCCCGCGAGCUGGCCGAGAAGCGCCGCGUCGCCCCCGGCUGGCUCGACAGCGAGGCCCGCCUGCUGGAGCCCGAGCGCCGGGCCGCGGGCGGCGAGCUGGACGACGAGAACAGCGCCGCCUAUGCCGGUGAGUUUAGUGCUGCUGCGGGUACCGGCGUGGCUGGCCAGUUCGCCGAGAUGAGCAUCGCGGACCGGGAGGGCGCUAGCGAGAUGGCCGUCGACCACGGAGCCGAAUUGGACCGGGCAUUUGGUGCCAGGUGA